AUGCGGCAGCUGCUCGCCGCUGCCGCCUCCCCGUCCGUCGCAACUGGCGGCACGCCGCCGACCAGGGGCGGCAGCAGCAGUGAUGGCGGCGGCGGCGACGACGGCGGCGGCGGCGGCGGCGCAAACGGUGGCGACGAAGCCGGCAGCCGGGAGGCGCCAGCGCCCAGCAGGGCGCCGGCGGCGCGGCGGCAUCGGCCCAAGGCCACCCCGUUGAAGAAGGGCGCGUACGCGCACCUGCUCUCGCCCGGCGCGCCUGACCCACGGCUCUGCCUGUGGGAGCCGCCGGCGUCGCCGUACGGUUUGAUAGAGGAGGAGCUCUACCACAACCCCUGGAAGCUGCUGCUGGCAUGCAUGCUGCUGAACAAGACCAGCGGCAAGCAGGCGCGUUCGCAGGGCGUGCGGCUGGUCAUCUGGCGGCUUUUUGAAAUGUGCCCCACCCCCGAGGCGGCCGCCUCCGCCGACCAGACCGCCAUCCGCGACCUCAUCAAGCCGCUCGGCCUGUUCAACAAGCGCGCGGCUGCGGUGCAGCGGUUUUCUCGCGAGUACCUUGACAAGCAGUGGGCGUGCCCCACCGAGCUGCAUGGUAUUGGGAAGUAUGCUGCAGACGCAUACUACAUGUUCUGCCGCGGCCUCUGGCGCGAGGUGCAGCCGGAUGACAAGGACCUGCUGCGCUACAGGCAGUGGCUCGCCUCCACCGACGGCCACGGCGCAGGGCUGCAGCCCGCGGCAGCGGCAACGGCGGCAACGGCGGCAGCGGCAGCGGGGGCGAUGGGGCCGGCGGGGGCGGCAAAGGCGGCGGCGGCGGCGGGGGUUGGGGUUUCGGGGGCCCCAACAGGCGGGGCAGGGCUGGAGGGCGGAGGGGCAGCGGCGUCGCCAUCGGCGGCAGCGGCGGCGUUGUUGCGGGAUCAGGGCUGGACUGUAGGGCUCGCCUACACGAGCGUGGACGUCUUUGCCGCCUUUGAGCCGCUGUUUGAGCAGCUGCACCUCGGGCCCGUCAACGAUUACGUCAACCUCGUCGAGCUCGAUGGCUGCCUGCGCGGCGGCUGCUGCUGCAGCACGCCCGUGGAGGUGCAGCUGACGCUGCCGGUCCAGGGCGGCCGCAGCGCGGCGCAGCUGGAGCAGCUGGUGAGCAGCUUCCUGGCGGAGAAGCUGCCGCGCGCGAUGGGCGGCGUCAAGUGCAUCAAGGGCCUCAAGGACGCGCCCUGCUCGGCGGCGACCGCGCCCGUGGCCGCAGAGUCCCGCCGCCGGCUCAUCGAGGAGGACGUGUCGUCCGUGCCCGAGGCCGUGCCUGAGGGCACCGCGCAGCGCGCCACUGUCGCGCCCGCCAAUGAAUCAUCCUUCGCGGCGGACGGCAGCCGCCCUGUAGCGCGCAGGCUCAUCGCGGUGACGUCACCCGCCGGCGGCGCGCCGUUUGGCGCCCCGCUCCGCGCGCCGACGUGCCCGCCGUGCGCCGCGUGCGGCGCCAGCGCCGCUGACGCCGGCGCCCGGUCGCUGCUUCUCGGCCACCGCGGCCGCCCGGCUGCCAGCAACGGCCUGAGCGCUGGCGGCGUCUGCUACUGCCGCUACGACGCCGCGGGUGCCACCUGGGCGCUCCGCGAGCCCGCGUGCCGCGCGACGCUGCUCGCCAAGUGCGGGGCGUCCGGCGCGCUGCUCGAGUGCACCACGCUGGAGGCGUUCUACUCACUGCCUCAGCACUCUCAGGAGGAUGCGCGUGCUGCGCAGCUGUCGGACCAGAUCGCGGCCUUCUUGUUCGUGGACUGCCCCCCCAGCCCGCCCUGCAGCUGUGCGCGGCUGCGCAUGGACGGCGCCGACGCGCCUGGCGCGCAGGCGCAGUGCUGCAGCGACCUUCGGGCGCACUGUGCGGCGCCCUUCUCCGGCCUGGAUUGUGAUGAGGUGGACGCGUUCUGCUCGGGCGCCUCGCCCGCGCCCGCGCGCGCGCUGGACACAGUCCGCCAGUUCGUGGCUGUCAAGACACACAGCCAAGACUGCGCCGCGCCGCAGCAUGCGCGCGCGUACACGCGCCUUGCGCCCGGCGGCGGCGGCGGCGCGGCGCCCGCGGCGGCGCUCGGGCGGCCCGCGCAGGCGCUGCUGCAGCAGCUGGCGGGCGCGCACAGCGGCAUGAGCGGGCGCGCGGUCGCGCUGCUCGUCGGCGCCGCAUGCCUGGCGGUUGGCGCUUCGGUGGCCGGCAUGAUCGCUCUCAUUCAAUUCGCAAUGGUCCGCCGUCAACAGGGCGCCCACCCGCUGCUGUCGAGCGACUACUGA